AUGGCAUCUAGAUCCUCUUCAUCUUCAUCAAAGGAUAAUUCGGGUAGAUUCUCUGAAUUUGUUGCCCUCUGUAAAGACAUUGAAGAGGUAUCGGCUCACACUGAAAAGAGUCAAGUGAUGAAGGAGUUUCUAUCCGAUUUCAAGGGAGAUGUUUAUUUGUUGUAUAAAUUAUUAUUUGCAAAGGAAAAUCAGAGAAAGUUUAAUUUAAAAGAUAAGAAACUUGUUGAUGUUUGUGCAAGUGCAUUCGGAGAAGAUCUUGAUGAAAUGAUUGAUCACAUGGAUUCUAAAGGAGAUGUUUCUGAAACUUUAAAGAAAUAUUUAGUGAGAAGUGAUCAUGCAAGAGAUAAAGGAAUUGUUACUUUGAAACAGGUUGAUGAUUUCCUUGAAGAAUUAACACAAUUAUCAAAGAAAGAAGAUCAAAUUCGUGCUUUUAAGAAAUUUGUAAAUGAUAAGUUAACUGGAGAUGAAUUGAAAUUUAUAUGUAGAAUAAUUUGUAAAGAUUUAAAGAUUAGAGCUGGACCAAAAUAUUUAUUAGCAGCACUUCAUUCUGAUGCUUAUCAAUCCUAUAUUUUAACACAUGAUUUGAAACAAAUUGUAAAUGUUAUAACUAGUGGAAGUGAUUUAAAAAAUUUAUCAAUGACAGCUCAAUCACUUUUAGAUAUUGAUGCAUUGAUUAAAGAUGCAGAUAGUGAUGAUGAAGGUACAAAUUUUGAUAUGAUGAAUAUAUCAGAUGAUGAAGAUGAUAAAAAGAAGAAAUCAUCCAAAGCAACUUCUUCCAAUGAUAAAAAGAAGACAAUUGAUAAAAAGAAGAGUAGUAAAUCAUCAGAUAAUUCUGAUAAGGAUGAUGAUUCUGGAGAUGAAACAGAUAUUGGUGAAAAUGUGGAUGAUAUUGAGGAAAAACCUGAAGAACUUGUAGAUGAAGAAUCAGAGGAUGAUUCUAAAAAGAAAAAGAAGAAUAAGAAGGCUCCUAAGAAGAUUAAAAUAUCAACCAAGAUGAAACUUUUCCAUCCUGUCAAACCAAUGCUUGCUCGUCCAAGUAAGACUUAUGAUGAUGUUAUUGCUCGUUGUCCAAAUGGUUUUUAUUCUGAACUUAAAUAUGAUGGUGAAAGAAUUCAAAUUCACUAUGAUAGAAAAAAUGAUGAAAUCAAAUAUUUUAGUAGAAAUUUGAAAGAUGUUCAAGAGUAUAAGAUCAAAUCUGUAAAAAAGUAUAUUUCUAAAGCUAUUAAGGAAAAGGUUGAAUCUGUAAUUUUAGAUGGUGAAAUUUUAAUGAUGGAUACAAAGACAAAUAAGAUUCUUCCAUUUGGUACACUUGGUAAAAAUGUUAGACAAGAUCACAAAGAUGCUGUAACAACUAUAUUUUUAUUUGAUAUAUUGUAUUAUAAUGGUAAAUCACUCCUUUCAGUUCCUUUAUAUAAGAGAAAGGCAUUAAUGACUAAAAUUGUAAAUCCAAUCAAACAUAGAGUAAUGUUAGGUGAAUAUUUGGUUGUAAAGGGUUCAAAACAAACAAGAGAAGCUAUUGUUUCUGCUGAAAUGAGUGCAAUGAUUAAGAAGGGUGAAGAAGGUUUAGUGUUAAAAGAUUUAUGUUCUCCAUAUGAACCUAAUGCUAGACAUUGGCUUAAAAUGAAAAAAGAUUACUUGAAAGGUAUGGCAGAUAGUGUAGAUCUUGUUGUUCUAGGAGCUUAUCUUGGUACAGGUAGUAAAGGUGGUUUAAUGUCUGUAUUCAUGAUGGGUUCUUUUGACAAGAAAUUAGGAAAGUGGAGAAUUAUUUGUAAAUGUGGUAACGGACACGAUGAUCAAACUAUUGAAACAUUGAAUGAAGAAUUGAAAUCAAAUAUGAAAAGAAUCAGUAAGGAUCCUUCAUUGGUUCCAGAUGAUAUUGAUAUUCAUACUAAUGCUCUUGUACCUGAUUUUAUUGUUAAAGAUCCAAAAAAGAGUGUUGUUUGGGAAAUUCAAGGAGCUGAAUUUUCAGUUUCCUCAAGAAAAGACAGACCAAUUUCUGUCAGAUUCCCUAGAGUUACAAAAAUUAGAGAUGAUAAGGAUGUUUUAGAUCAUACCAAUUAUCAAGAAAUUAUCAAAUUGAAAAAUGAAAGUAAUAGAAAAGGUUUAGUGCCUAUUUUUGGAGAUGCUGAUGCAGGAGAUGAUUCUGAUGAAAGUGUAGAUGUAAAAGAUAAAAAGAAACGUUCCAGAGCUAAAAAAUCAAAAUCUGAUGAUGAAGAAGAUGAAUCAGAUUCAAGCUCAAAGAAAAAGAAAAAUUCAAGAAAGAAGAAGAUAAAUUCCUCAGAUGAUGAAGAUGAUGAGGAUGAUAAAAAGUCAGCUAAAAAGGCUAAUGAUAAGAAAAAAUCAAAAUCCUCAGAUAAUUCUGAUGGUGAAGAUGAUGAUCCAAAAGCAAAGAAAGCUAAAAAGUCAACUAUUGGUAUCAAAUUAUCUGAUAUUGAUACUAUUAAUGACUCUUCUACUCCAGAACAAAUCUAUUACAUUUAUGGUGAUUUUAUGAAAAUGCCAAUGAAUAAGGAAGAAAAACUAAUUUCACAUUGUGUAGAUGACUCUAGUAGAUGGUCAGAUAAAGGAUCAAUGGGAAAUAUUGAACUCUUGUAUGGUGAAGAUAUUAAGAAGGCUUACACUGAUGAUAUGAACAUAAUUGGUGAUGCUCAAAUUGUUGUAGCAUUACCAAAUCAUUUAUGUAAUAUGGUAUGUCUUCAAUUUGUCAAGAAAGGAUCUGCACCAAAAGUUGACUAUCAUGCUUUGGAUGAAUGUUUAAAGAAAUGUGCUACCUACAUGAAUCAAAAAAAGAUUGGUACAUUCCAUUUAUAUAGAUUGCAUCACGCCAUUUCUGGUUUGGAUUGGAAUAGAGUUGAACAACUUUUGAAGGAAAAUCUUUCAAACAAGGGAUUUGCUGUUUUCAUCUAUACAAAGGAUAGAGAUGAUAAGGAUAGAGUUAAUGAAUCAAAAAAUAAUAAUUAUGCAUGUCCUGAACUGUUACUAAAGAAGGCAUAUGGAUCUGAAGUUGAUGUCUAUGCACUAGGAGUCCUUCUCUAUAAGAUACUGUUUGGUUGUUUCCCAUUUCGUGGAGCUCAACAGAAAUUGCUCAUGCACUUUACAGUCCCACUGAAGGAUGAUGUAAAUGGAGAUGAUGCAAUGGGAAGUGAUGAUUGUGGUCAGAAUAUUUCGAAAUGUUGUAAAGAUUUGUUGCAUAAUAUUUUGGAAGUCAAUUGUGAAAAGAGAUUUUCCAUACAAGAUAUCAAGAAUCAUCAAUGGUACAAGAUUGGAAAAACUCAGAAGGUGGAUUUACUAGAAAAAUCGUGGAAAAAUCAUAAACCAUUUACAAGAUAUGGUCAACUUCCCUACUUGAAAGUUUCAGAUGAUUUUCAUGUUUAUCAAACAUUGGCAAUUGCCAGAUAUCUUGCUCAGGAAGGUAAUUUAUAUCCUCUCAAUGAAAGAAGGGAUGCAACUCUCACUGAAGAAGUAGUUGCUUCCUUAAAUGAAGUUUUGCUUGAAUUCUUUAGAGUUUUCUAUGAAAUUUGCAAUGAAACAGAGAAGGAAGAAGAAUUGAAGAAAUUUAAGGAAGGAACUUUGCAAAGAGUAUUUAGUGGAUUGAAUAAUUUAUUGAAUGGAACUAAGUGCGGAUAUUUCAUUGAAGGAAUGUUGACAUGGGCUGAUCUUUUUCUUUUGGAAAUUGUAUUAAAUUUAGAAAGUGUUGGAAUUGCAAAUGAAUAUCAAAGAUUGAAACAAAUUUUGAUGGAAAAUGAGCAAGUUAAGAUUCAUUUGGAAACGAGAAGAAAAUAA